GUUUACCAGUGCAGACAGAAUGGUCUCAUUAAUAAUAAGAAGCUUUUCAGUGAGCAUGAUAAAACUCAUAACUCCAACUGCCCAAACCUAUGUCUGACGAAGCCAGAUCUUCAAAGAUAUCCAUUCUGUUCAUGAAGACAUGAGAAGGUAUAGGCAUGCUAAGUAGAUUAUAAUAUACAGAAUCUGCACUGGUUUUGUUAUCAGUGCUAUUCCUUUACACAUAAUAGGAAACAGUGAACUCUUGAAACUUGAUUGUAAUGACUUUUGACUCAAUACUAUGCCACUCUUUCCUCUCAUCCUAGAUAUGUUCAGUAUCUGUCCAGAAUAAGGACAUCACACUCCUGGAAACACUUUACUCUCUCGAAGGAUGAUCUCCUCACAGGCUUUCAUCAACAUUUCCUUCUUCCAGCCACAGUCUUUCCUAAUGACUGGUAUCCCAGGACUAGAGGCUGUCCACGGCUGGAUCUCCAUCCCCUUCUCCUUCAUGUACACUGUGGCACUCACCGGAAACUGUCUCAUCCUCCUGGCUGUGAGGAGGACCCAUAGCCUACACCAGCCCAUGUACUACUUCCUAUCCAUGCUGGCCCUUAGUGAUGUGGGCCUCAGCUUGUCCACACUGCCCUCCACCCUGGCUGUGCUCUGGUUUGACUAUCGCUUCAUCGGCUUCAAUGCCUGUCUGAUCCAGAUGUUCUUCCUACACUCCUUCUCCGUGUUGGAGUCCUCAGUGCUCUUGGCCAUGUCCUUUGACCGAUUUGUGGCUAUCUCCAAUCCACUGCGCUAUGCAUCUGUCCUCACUAACACUGUCAUCAUCAGGAUCGGGGUGGCCAUUGUAGCUAGGGCCACUCUGUCACUUUUCCCAGGGCCCUUCUUGCUGAAACGACUGAACUACUGCCCUGGCAAGAUCCUCCUGUCUCACUCAUUCUGUUUCCAUGCUGAUGUCAUGAAGCUGGCCUGUGCUGACAUUACUGUCAACAUCCUCUAUGGACUCUAUGUGGUUCUGUCCACAGUGGGUGUAGACUCCUCGCUUAUUGUCAUGUCCUACUCCUUGAUUCUUUACACAGUGAUGGGGCUAGCCUCUCCAAGGGAGCGCGUCCGCACCCUCAACACAUGUGUUUCCCAUAUCUUGGCUGUCCUGGUCUUUUACAUUCCAGUCAUAGGUGUGUCCAUGAUCCACCGUUUUGGAAAGCACCUACCUCACAUUGUUCAUGCCCUUGUUGCGUACGUGUACCUUGUGGUACCUCCUGUGCUCAACCCCAUCAUCUAUAGUGUCAAGUCCAAGCCCAUCAGGGGAGCCAUGUUCAGAGUUCUAAGAGGAAAAGACCAGACCUGAUGACAUUGGAUGCUUAUGAGACUUGGAGACUGUGAAGUGCUUGGGGAAAAAAAUAAUAUACUGAGUGGAUCAAGUCAAACACAUUGCUUUGUUGUAGGUACCAACAAUAAGUGUAAGACUGGUGAAAAUUCAUUCUGUAAUUGCUUACCAUGAUGUUAGGAAUCAUCUCCAAGGCUUCUAGCAUACUAUGUAAGCCCUCUAUUACUGAGCUACAUUCUCUGACCUUAAAAUUUGUUAUUUGUUACCUCAUUUAUGUCACACAUAUUUUCUUAAAGCCAAUGUUUUCUGGACCUUAAACCCAAUGUUUUAGAUUUCAGAAACAGAAUAAUGUUUCUACAUUGCCUUUGUUUUGUAGACAUUAAAUUUGUAAAGAAAAAACACUCUAUAUAAUUUAAUGGGUAUGUUGU